ACUCGUCUUUAUUGCUUAUUUUCCUAGCAUAGUCCUCUCAAACCAGAUCACUAAAUUAUUGGCUUAAAUUUAUCUACCACGCAUCUCUUCCGCCUCUUAGUUAUUACCGCAUUUACUAUCAUGCCUUUCCAGAAAAGUCUACUUCUCGCUCUCCUCACAGCCUCGCUGGCCUUGGGUCGCACUGUUGUUAACUUGGAUCACGGGACGGGAGCCAUUCUGCACGAAAGAAGUGUCGUACCAUUAUUGAAAGACCCUUCCUAUCGACCUCUUAAAACUGACGAUGGAAUGACCCAAAGCAAAUUCCGAAACUCGGUACCUGAGAAUGAGCACCCCAAGAAAAAGAAGAAGAGGUCCCCGCAAAACGCAAACUUGGCGAAGGAAGAAGGAAAUGCGAUUUCUGAUCAACGGAAGAUCAGAGUGUAUAAUGGAGAAAAAGGCCAUCCUAACUUUCGAAAGAUGAAUCAUGCCAACCCUCUUCUAGGCCCUGGCCAUCAUCACAUUUACCAUUUGGACUCAACCUCAAGCGGCUUCGAAAUGGCACCCAUCCCUCACAAUGGCCGUAAGACACCUCUCGUCAUCAGGUCUGAAAACUCUCCAGCUCCCUUUCCAGGAACCUUCGCCGCCGCCGCACGGGAUGAUGAGUUGUAUCUUCCAGACUCCGCAAGGGAUACGCAUGGUGAUCACCACCACCACCGUUCAUGACCCACACCUGUUUAAAGGGAUGUAAACCCUGACGCUGGCUCAGCGGCCAAUGGCGAACGCGUCUUCGAGGAGAGCGGUACCGAAAUUUAAACCCUCUGCAAUUGCGGGCCAUGGCACGGUUUAAAUAUCAACAUGAAUAGAUAGAUUUCCACGCUCGUAUUUGUUAUCUUCAAUUACAACAGGAUAGACCUAUUGUAGUCUUUAAAGCUCAAUUUCACCAGGAUACGACAUAGAUUGCUCUCUUCUUUUGUAUCAACUUAUCUUACACAUACACAUUAUGCUUUCCUUUCACAAUGCUGCUGAUGUUCGAGAUCAUCAGACUUGAUAACAAUUCAUUUUUCUUCAACAAAUCAUCAUUUUUUCUUUGCCAUUGGCAGCAGAUUUGACUAAGACAUGCUAUAGAAC